GUGACACUCGUCCUAUCAAUUGGCGGUCUGUUAUAUCGAUAAGCAAGGUAUAUUCACCUAACUGUAUAUUUUAGCUUGGUUAAUAAGUUAUAUUGUAGUAUAAAAACAGCAAAAACUUUUAUUUUUAAUAACGUGUGUAUUCGACCUUUGCGCUCGUUUGAAUUUCAUCAGGAAAAAAUUGUAAUUUCAAAAUCGUGGACAUUCAAUUUUGAAUGAAUACGAGUUCAUUCCACGUAAACAAUCAUCGAUAAGAACUAAUCAAAUCAUCGAGCGGGUAGCACAUGGUGUCAUGUUAUAACUCUUUCGUUGCUUUAUCAACAAACGAGUCGGUUCUCUCAACAAGCCACGCAUUUCCAUGUUCCAACGUUUUGCCCGAACCGGUCUGGUUAAACGUUAUAUAAUUCACUCGCUCGGCGCUGGUAAAAGUUCUUUAACUUGUGGCAUCCGUGAAUUCUCGGCAAUAGCUUCCAAAAUGAGUCUGGAACAAGCGAAGAAAAUUGCCGCGUUCAAAGCGGUCGACGAAUACGUGAAAGACAACACAGUUGUGGGAGUCGGUAGUGGAUCGACCGUGGUGUACGCGGUUCAACGACUCGCUGAGCGGGUCAAAAGUGAAGGUCUGAAAUUAGUAUGCAUUCCAACGAGCUUUCAGGCGCGCCAGUUGAUAAUUGAGAGUGGACUCGUUUUGGGUGACUUAGAGCAGAAUCCGAAGAUUGAUUGUGCCAUCGAUGGAGCGGAUGAAGUUGACGCUGACAUGGUGCUGAUCAAAGGGGGUGGCGGUUGCUUGCUGCAAGAGAAGAUUGUUGCUUCCUGUGCCGAUAAGCUGGUAGUUAUUGCCGACUAUACGAAAAACUCAAAAAGGCUUGGCGAGCAGUACAAAAAGGGUAUCCCGAUUGAGGUUGUACCAAUGGCAUACGUACCGAUUCGGGACAAAAUUUCCGCCAAGUACGGUGGUAAGCUGGCCCUGAGAAUGGCCGUAGCGAAAGCUGGUCCUGUAGUGACCGACAACGGAAACUUCAUUCUCGAUUGGCAUUUCCCUGAGAGUGGUGAAUUCGACUGGGAUGCCGUUAACCAGGACAUUAUGAUGAUUCCCGGUGUCGUUGAGACGGGUUUGUUUGUGAAAAUGGCUUCGAAAGCGUAUUUCGGCCUGGCGGAUGGAUCUGUCAUCGAAAGGAGUGCCUGAAGCGGAUGAUAUUAUUCUCACUCAAUUUAUUCCAUUUGCUACUAUUGAUAUUUUGCUUCGUUCAAUAAAUAAAUAACAAAAGAGCAAAACCCAAAUCCGAGUCAAUGAUAACGCAGCU